AUGGUGUGGGUCCCCGGGGCCCCCGGCGAGUCCCCGGGGGCCGGGCCCGAGGUCGCGACGCUCGAGAGGCCCGCGCCGGCCGGGUCGUCCUCUCUGGGGGCCGCGGCCGCCCCGCCGCCCCCCUGGCCCGGCCCGCGGACGCCCGCCUCCUGCCCGGCGGUGGGCGGGUCGCCGCUGCGCCGCGCCGGCGGGGCCGGGAUGGCGGCCGGCUCGUUGCUGGAGGCCGGCCUGGCCCGGGUGCUCUACUACCCGACGCUGCUCUACACGCUGUUCCGCGGGAAGAUGCCCGGCCGGGCGCACCGCGACUGGUACCACCGCAUCGAUUCCACCGUGCUGCUGGGCGCGCUGCCGCUGCGGAGCAUGACGCGCCGGCUGGUCCAGGACGAGAACGUGCGCGGGGUGAUCACCAUGAACGAGGAGUAUGAGACGAGGUUCCUGUGCAACUCCUCCAAGGAGUGGGAGAAGGCAGGAGUGGAGCAGCUGCGGCUCAGCACGGUCGACAUGACUGGGGUCCCAACCCUGGCUAACCUCCAGAAGGGAGUCCAGUUUGCCGUCAAGUACCACUCGCUGGGCCAGUCUGUCUACGUGCACUGCAAGGCUGGGCGUUCCAGGAGUGCCACUAUGGUGGCUGCGUAUCUCAUUCAGGUGUACCACUGGACUCCAGAGGAGGCCAUAAGAGCCAUCACCAAGAUCCGGUCCCACAUCUACAUCAGGCCUGGCCAGCUAGAAGUUCUCAAAGAGUUCCACAAGGUGACCGCUGCAGAGGCAGCCAAGAAGGAGAUCCAUCGCACAUCACUGACAUGACCCAGGGGGAUCAGGAAGAACGCAAACCAGCGCUGCUCCCUGCAGAAUGAAAACGCUUAACAGGACCAGAGGGGCGUAAGCCCCAACUUGACCUAAUAGGAAUGUGCUAAGUGGUGGUUAGGUUUGCUCCCUUUGUCUUGUUUCAUUUUCCUGAAAUAACACUGUUGUAUGGCUA